AUGCCAGUAUACAUGCUUCACGGCUUUCGCUGGCCUCGCGCAGGCUUCACGGGGAUUCGCGUAUACAUUGUCCUCCAUAAUCUUGAAGAGGCGGCGGCCGAAUACAUCCAACAACCAUUGACGACCGAACUGCUCCUCGAGUCCUUUCAAAAGACACAGGCGGACCUCAUGCCCCGAUUGCCCGAGCUACACUUCAUUGAACAAUACGACCCGCAAGAUGAAUCCAGUAGCACGGUCAGCCAGGAAUACGCCUACGUGGGUGCCAAAGUGGUGACCAUUCCAGACGGCGAGGACGCAAAUAUGGAUAUCGAAAAGGUGGUCGAGCAGGGAUCGGGACUGUCGUCGGAUGCGACGCAGGCGCUGGAGGCACUACGGGACCGUCUGGCGCCCGGGGAAAAGAUCGGGUGGUUUAUGGUGUACAACGGAGAUCCGGAUCGCUGGUAUCCUUCGUCAGAGGACGAGGAGGAAUACGAAGAGGAAGAAGAGGAGGAGGAAGGGAGCUAUGUGAGUGAGAAGUCGGGUAAUCAGACGGAGUCUCAGGCGGAUCCAUCCACGCCGCAGAGCUACACGGCACGAUUGACGCGGCUGUUCAAUCGCAUGAGCGCCUCUUCGACCUCGUAG